UCGAGUUUCUCUGCAAAGGGAUUUGGAGGCAACGAAUUUUGUUUGCUUUUGAAAAGAGCUAUUGAUUGUUUGGGAUAUUCUUGGUACAUAUUUUGGUGUGUUGGCCGCGCGACUACUUUCUUGUCGCUUUUGCAGGGCGGUUUAAUAAGGGUAAUCCUUCUCGGAGUGGCUUUUUUUGUGUAAGCAGGUAUUUUCGGGAAGCUUGUCCAGUGUGUGUUUGUGUGGUACUUUCCCCCUCCUCCUCCUCCCUCCCUUUGUCCCUUUUUCCGUUUUGGUUCUAUGGCGACGCAAAUCGAUACAAUUUAUGGACUUUCAGAAGAUGAAGAAGAAUCCCGUGUUCUCAGAGUCAAGGUUAUUUCAGGGAUUGAUCUGGCUAAAAAAGACAUCUUUGGAGCCAGUGAUCCUUAUGUGAAGUUGUCCUUAUACGUGGCUGACGAGAACCGAGAACUUGCUUUGAUUCAGACAAAAACAAUCAAAAAGACGUUAAAUCCAAAAUGGAAUGAAGAAUUUCUUUUCAGGGUCAACCCCCAGAAUCAUAGGCUGCUGUUUGAAGUCUUUGAUGAAAACCGACUGACAAGAGAUGAUUUCCUGGGCCAAGUUGAUGUACCUCUUAACCACUUACCGGCAGAAGAUCCUGCCUUGGAGAGGCCAUACACUUUUAAGGACUUUCUGCUCAGGCCAAGGAGUCAUAAAUCCCGGGUUAAAGGAUUUCUGCGGCUGAAGAUGGCCUACUUGCCAAGGAAUGGUGGACAAGAAGAAACUCCAGAACAGAGGGAAGAAUCUGAGCGUGCCUGGGAUAUGGUUGACCCCAGUGAUUCAGGAACACAGCGUGAGCAACAGCAGCCACCACUACCACCUGGCUGGGAAGAGAAAACUGAUAACCUGGGCCGGACAUAUUAUGUGAAUCACAACAACAGAACUACGCAGUGGCAGCGACCAAGUCUAGUAGAUGUGGAAAAUGAGACAGAUACCAGCAUUCGGCAGAUCCAGCAAGAAGCUCACAGAGUGUUUCGAUCUCGUCGACACAUUAGUGAAGAUUUGGAAACCACAGAUAACCGUGAUGGUGGGGAUCCAUGGGAACCCAUCUCUGAAGAAUUGAUUCUUGAUGGUGAUCAACUUUUCCAACCUUUACCACCUCCUACAACUCCACCAAGUGCAUCUGAGAGCAGUCCACCAGAUCUCUCUGAUGAACUAAAUAGAAGAUUGCAAGUUGCCGCAGAAUCAAAUGGGGAACAGAUUGGUCCAUCCCCUGGUGAAUCUCUUACAAGGAUACGUUCCUCUAGUGUGACAGAUGGUGUUGGAGAACAUGCUCAAACGUCAAUGCAGGCCACCCAAUCACGACGACCUCGUUCUUCAACUGUUACUGGCAGUGAACAACCAAAUGAGCUGACGUCACCAGCAGCCUACAUGCUCACAACACCUGGCUUGCCACCAGGAUGGGAAGAGCGGAAAGAUGCAAAGGGGCGUUCCUAUUAUGUAAACCAUAACAACAGAACUACUACUUGGACCCGCCCAAUUGUACAGCAUGCCGAUGAUGGUGCACCAGGUCCAACAGCCAGCAACAGCCUUUUAAGCGAGCCUCAGAUAAGGCGGCCUCGCAGUCUCAGCUCACCCACAGUAACCUUAUCAACCCCAAUAGAGGGUGCUAAAGAUCUCCCUCUGCACAGAGCUGUAAAAGACACUUUCUCUACUCCUCAGUCUCCACAGCUUUCGCCUUAUAAUUCACCAAAGGCACAGCAUAAGGCCGUACAGAGUUUCCUACCUCCUGGCUGGGAAAUGCGCAUAGCUCCAAAUGGCCGGCCUUUCUUCAUUGAUCACAAUAGUAGAACAACAACAUGGGAAGAUCCACGGCUGAAAUAUCCAGUUCACCUAAGAGGAAAAGCAUCUUUGGAUCCAAAUGAUCUUGGACCUCUCCCUCCUGGCUGGGAGGAGAGAAUCCAUUUAGAUGGAAGGUCAUUCUUCAUAGAUCACAAUACCAAAAUCACACAGUGGGAGGAUCCAAGACUACAGAAUCCAGCCAUUACUGGUCCUGCUGUGCCAUAUUCCAGAGAAUUCAAACAGAAGUAUGAUUACUUCCGGAAGAAACUGAAGAAGCCUGCUGACAUACCCAAUAGGUUUGAAAUGAAGCUGCAUAGAGGCAACAUUCUAGAGGAGUCUUACAGACGAAUUAUGUCCUUAAAACGACCAGAUGUGCUUAAGGCCAGACUUUGGAUAGAAUUUGAGUCAGAGAAAGGACUUGAUUAUGGAGGUGUAGCAAGAGAGUGGUUCUUCCUUUUGUCUAAAGAAAUGUUUAAUCCUUACUAUGGGCUUUUUGAAUAUUCAGCUACGGAUAAUUACACACUUCAGAUCAACCCAAAUUCUGGAUUGUGUAAUGAAGAUCAUCUUUCUUACUUCAAAUUCAUUGGACGUGUGGCUGGAAUGGCAGUGCAUCAUGGAAAGUUACUGGAUGGUUUCUUUAUCAGACCAUUUUACAAGAUGAUGUUGGCAAAAUCCAUCACACUGAAAGAUAUGGAAUCAGUGGAUGGCGAAUAUUUCAAUUCUUUGAAAUGGAUUCUUGAAAAUGACCCCACUGAGCUGGAUCUCAGGUUUUGUAUAGAUGAAGAAAAUUUUGGGCAGACCUAUCAAGUGGAUCUGAAACCCAAUGGUUCGGACAUGGUGGUUACUAAUGAAAACAAAAGGGAGUAUAUAGACUUAGUCAUCCAAUGGAGGUUUGUAAAUCGGGUGCAGAAACAGAUGAAUGCCUUCAUGGAGGGCUUCACAGAACUCAUCCCUAUUGACUUGAUUAAAAUAUUUGAUGAAAAUGAGCUUGAGUUGCUAAUGUGUGGCCUUGGAGACGUGGAUGUCAAUGACUGGAGGCAACACACUGUCUACAAGAACAACUACUGUACAAACCACCCGGUCAUUCAGUGGUUCUGGAAGGCUGUGUUACUGAUGGAUGCUGAGAAACGUAUCCGACUGCUACAGUUUGUUACUGGAACUUCAAGAGUGCCUAUGAAUGGGUUUGCUGAGCUAUAUGGUUCCAAUGGUCCUCAGCUGUUUACAAUAGAGCAAUGGGGAACUCCAGAAAAGUUACCAAGGGCUCAUACAUGCUUUAACCGUCUUGAUUUACCACCUUAUGAAUCUUUUGAAGAUUUACGAGAGAAGCUUCUCAUGGCAGUGGAAAAUGCUGAAGGAUUCGAAGGAGUAGAUUAAUUGGCUGCAGUUGUGGUCAACAAGAUGCUGCUUAUAUUUUUUUUUGUUUUUUUUUAGAGAUAGGAACUUUACCAGUGGUAUCAAUUUAAUUGCACAGUGACAUUGGUACACGGAACAAAUUCUUCUAUGUUAAUUCCUAUUUCAAGUUUCUGGAAGGCUGGAAGCUUCAAAGCUGACUCUCCAGACAACUGUAAUAAAAGAAGAAAAGUGGAUAAAAUGUGUGGAUGGGAAGUGCAUUUCAAUAGGACUUAACUGUGUAUUAAAAUUGUUCUUUAAAGACUCAAUCUAAACAUUUUACCAACUUUGUAAUGAAAGUGAAUGGAAACUGUCACUUUCACAGGUAUAGUAUUAUCACUUUGUUUACUCAAUGGAUUGCAAAAUAACUAGUUAUAUAGAGAUCCUUCUAAUAUAACCCAUAUAAAAGUCUGUAAAAUGAUGAAGGUUUGAAUCAUGAUGUUCUCACACACACACACACAAACAUAAAUAGCAGUGCAUUGACAUGUCCACUGUGAAACAUCUGUGCCUCCUUUACCCACCAGUCAUGAUCAAAAGCACUUUUAAGUUAUUGAUGACAUAGUUUAACACCUUGAUGGAAUGUGAAAGCUGAGAUAAGUGAUAUUUUUGUUUAACAGAAUUGUUACAAGUGAGCAUAAAUGGGAUCUCAAAAACAAAUUACAGUAACAAGGUGUCAUCUUUAUUUUUAAUAUGUUCCAUUAAGCCAAGUAAACUAAACAUGGUUAUCCAUUGAGCAUGCAAUGAAAAAACAUCUGCAUUAAGAGGACUGCCAAAAAAAGUACUCGAGGUAUUCUUUUUAAUUUAAAAUGUUACUGAAUUUUCCUCUUUUUUGAGCAAAGUGAUUGUUGUCUAUUAGGAUAAAGCAAAUUACAGUAACAUGCCUAUAAUCUCUGUAGCAUGCCUGUUUAAAUCCUUAGACUGCUGGUGGGUCCAGGGAAUGACUGCUGGCUGGAUCUUGAACUUUAAUCUUACUCACUACAACAGGUAAUAUAAUAAUACACAGUAAUUAAGUUACACAAAUGUCAGGAGUUGUUUUAUUAUUGUAAUACUGACUAACUUCAAAAAUUAAUACUGACUAACUUCAAAAGUUAACACUAAUAAAGAUAAACUAAAAGACUCCUUAUUUCACCACCUUUUUCUUUGCAUCUUUUUCUCUUUCCUACAUUCUGCCUAUUUUAUUUUAACUUAAACUUUUACACUGACUUCACUUCUAUACAACCUUUCUCCUCCCUUUCUUUUUAAGUUAUUACUUACCUGUUUCCUUCCACUUCUCUCACCCACCACCCCCCACCCCCCGACACGUUUUAGGGUCGGGAGCAAUUUUUCUUUGAAACAUCUGUUGGAUUAGCUUCAAGCUUCAAAAUGAUCCUUACAAGCUGGUUUCAACCAAGCAAAUAGAUGAAGAUUACUAUGACCAGAUAGAUGGCAUAGAAAAGUACAACAAAACAGGAAGUGGCUCUAACAAAUGCAUAUCUUCUGUGAUAACCUACCCUCCCUUCCACUCAGAUGAUUUUAUAUUUGAAACCUUCAAAACGAAAGCUAACCACCACCAAUCAAGUUUUCAAUUGCUAAUGUAUUUGUCGCAUUAUCGGUAGACCUAUGCUAAUUUUUUAAAAAAUGUGUUCUGUUGUAACACCAAGAAAUCUAAGGGCACUUUAUACAUGGCUGUCAAUUGUUUUUACAUGUGUACAUUUUUUAAUACAGAGUUCAGUAUCCACUGCAAUGUAAAUGCUGUGCACACAAGCCUACACUUUUGUUAUUGAUGAUGCAACGAAAUCAAUGUAGAGCUGAGCCGAACUUCAUCUUUCUCUUUUUCCUAUUUUUCCAAUGUGCUUUUUCCCUUUAAAAGCACAUCAUGCAAUCUCAGAACUCACCUCAAGUAUGUAAUGAAAAACAUCUCCUGAAAUUCUUCUUUCCCUACUAAAUUCCCAGAAAAUAAACUUUCCUUAUUAAUGAUGUAAGUUUUGUAAUAUGUAUUUUAUGAAUAUACAUUAAUGAGAUUAAAAAUAUUUAUCUAACUUAGCACAGUGAUGAAGUGCAACAAAUCUCUUAUUCCUGAAUAUGUUUGAGACCCAUCUGACUUCUGUUGGAGCCUUUAUACAGCCACAUUAAAGAUACGUCAGUUGGCCUCUGAUAAUAAGCCUUAGAUCUAUAAAGUAUCCGCAAUUUGCUACCUGCUACUUUAGGGCAAAUAGCUCUUUGGCCACCAAACUUGCCUCUGGAAAAGUGGACCAGAAGUGGAGUGGUGCCUGUCUGCCUCUGUACUUUCCUUCACUAGGGGCUGAAAAUCAUACCUAUGUCUAAACCGGGCAGAGGAUUCCGUGAGUCAAUACACAGUUCAGUAAAAGAAGUGAUGAAUGUUCACUUAUGAUUAGAAUGAGAUCGGAACUCUGAGGUUACAGCAAGCAGGAAAGGUUAAACAGGCUGGGGCUUGUUUCCUUGGAAAAGAGAAUAUUGAAGGGGUGACCUUGUGAUAGACACCUUUAAAAUUAUAAAAGGGUUUGAUAGAACAGCAAGAUAGCUACUAAUAAAUCCACUAGUGAAUUCAGGAGAAAUGCCUUUACCCAGAGAGUAGUUGAGGCAAACGGCACAAAUCUGUUUAAAUAGAAGCUUCAUAAGUAUGAAGGUGAAAGGAAUAGAAGGAUAUGUUGACAGGAUAAAAUGAAGAAGGGUGCGAGUAGACUCUUGAGCACAAGCGUUAGCAUGGGCCUGUUGGGCCUAAUAUGUUGUUUCUGUGCUGUUGAUACUAUGUACCAUUGACCAUUGGUGUUCAAUGUUGGUGACAUCUUCAGUGAAAGAUCUGGACAUUAACAACUUUGAAAUUGGAUUUUAAAGAGCAAAAAAAGAAACCAGAAAUACCUCGGUCAUCAAUUGAAAGCAAAUAAAAAUGACAAAUGUACAGCGGGUAGAUAAAUAUCUUUUUCAUAAGAGCUGAAGCAAGUGAAAGAUAUACUUGUCUUUCUUGUGCUCACUGGUCUGCUGUGUUUCCAGCGUUUUGCAUUUUGUUUCAGAUUUCUGUUUAUCUCAACAAUAGAUAUAUUUUACUUAUAGCUACAUACAAUGCUGCAGAAUGCUGAUAAGCUGACAUUGAAAAGCACUGACGAAAACCAUAUGCUUUCAAUGAGCUGGAUUAAAGUGCUAGUUAUUAUGUGCAGGGGACAUUUGUUCACUGAAGAAACAAAGGCUUAUAAACGGGAAAUAAAUGAGAAAUUAUUUGGAUUCCAUUUUCAUUGCAAAAUUUCUGCAUGAAAUAAAAAGAAAUCAUAGCUAGCUUAGCUUGAGUGGUGAAUUUGUAAACAUUAGGAAACAAAAGAUUUCUAUAACGGGAACAAAAUACUGUGAAUUCCGGAAAUCUGAAAUUAAAAACAGGAAAUGCUGGAAUUGCUCCACAAAUCGGGCAGUAUCUGUGGAGAGAGACAGAGUUAACGUUUCAGGUUAAUGACCUGUCAUCCCAGCAGAUGAAGAUCAGCCUUUUUCUCUUUUAUUUUCUCUUUCUAUUAAAGAUUUCCAUGUUUUAAGUAUGCUUAGUAAACAAAAGAUUUAUGAUAGUCUUGUUAACUUUUUUUACACAAAUUGAAUGCUUUCUGCUCUUUUCAUUUUCUUAAACCACUGCAUUCUGCCCAGUGGAUUGUGAUCAGAUAUUUCCCUGCAGAUUUGUCAUGAUUUUUUUCACUUUUAUUGAGAUAAGAGUAAGAGAUUUGUUUUGAACAAAUAUCCAAUCCUCAUUCAUUUGUACUUUUUCUCAUUUUAAAUUUCUGUAAUCUACUGUUAAUCUUGUCAAUUAUUUCAUCUUGUGUUUUACGCAUCAAUAAAGAUAUUUCCUUGA